AUGGCUGCGCCCGGUGAUAACAGGGCAUCAAGACCUUCUCCUCAAUCAACUGGGCUUGAAGGUUUCCCUUUUAAACUUGCGGAUAGCACAAGCGGAACUGCUGACAGUGACCAAGGAAAAUCCGGAGAACAGAAAAAGAAACCAUGCAGAGCGUGUACAGAUUUUAAGUCAUGGAUGAAGAUUCAGAAGAAAGAGACAGCUGUACAGGGAAGCGUGAGUGAAAGAGUGGAAGGGGAGAAACGACUAGAGUGUCCUCUGGAUAGGGAGGAGCUGGGGAAGAGUACUUGGUCCUUUCUUCAUACCAUGGCAGCGUAUUACCCCGACAGACCCACGGAGAGCCAGCAGAGCGAAAUGAAGCAGUUUAUCAACCUCUUCUCUAAGUUUUUCCCGUGUGACGAGUGCGCAGAAGAUCUAAGAUCAAGGCUGAAGACCAAUCAGCCAGACACAGGCAGCCGGCACAGUCUGUCCCAGUGGAUGUGUCGGCUCCACAACGGCGUCAACGUGCGCCUGGGAAAGCCUGAGUUUGACUGUUCCAGAGUGGACGAGAGAUGGAGGGACGGCUGGAAAGACGGAUCAUGCGACUGACUGUAGCACACCCUGACAACGGAACAGGGUGUUCAUGGUGGAGGAUCCUUCCCUCUCCAAACUGCGUUGUUACAAUAAACUCUCUAAUUUGACGUAAUCAUUUCUAGAUCAUUGUUUACUGCUUACUCUGUAUGCUUUACAUCAGAAAUGGCCCAAACGCCACAGAAAAUUAUUUCUAAAAAAUACAUGAUUAUUUUAUUUUUUUUUACAAUCCAAGAUAUUUAUUGCUUGUGUUUUAAUGAAUCUAUUGAUUGCUCUUUGUUGUUUUCAUUUCUUGUUAAUGUAUGCAGGGUGAUAUGUCCAAGGAUGUGUUGAAAUGUAUAAAUGAAAGACUAUUAAAAACAUUAUUUUCUUGAA